GGCGGUGGAUCAUUCCAACCCUCUGACCAUUUGACACCUUCGUGACGCAGUUUGUUUCUCGGUUACCACUCUCCCUCCCACGCGCGUUCUUUCCGUUGAAUUUGGUAUUUCCUCUGUUUUACUGUCUCUUUCGUGUGUCGUCGCCGCGACGAUCAUCGUAUCACGAUGCAUGUCUCGCUCAUGCAACAGCUCCUGGUGCCGCAGGUGUCGAAUUUUUAUUAUCCGUUCAACACCAGCUUGGAAGAUGAACUGAAAAGACUGUUUCAUUUCACGAUCGAGACCCAGAUGCCGCCGCUUCCGAACGUGGAAGAUGUAAUGGAGGAGUUUCGCCAUAAUGGCCGUGAUUUCGAAUACUGUCCAGACCUGGACAAUGAUAUUGUACCGGAAACAACGCCGCGACGCAAGAAGAACAAGAAACCCUUGCCCACAGAAUGUGUUUUCUGUAGGAACAACGGGGAAGAAGAGACUUAUUAUAGGGAGCAUUUACUGAAGGACGCCGAGGGUCGUGUCUCCUGUCCUGUAUUAAGGGCGUACACGUGUCCAAUUUGCGGCGCGACCGGGGACGAGGCCCACACAAUCAAGUACUGUACCUUGAGUCCCAAAACUGUCUCUGGGACAUUGACGACGGUGAACGCUUUCAAGCUCUUGAGAAACUCGAUGGGCAAACGACGAGUUAGGUAAAUCAGCACGUGUCUCCUGUUGUUCAUUCGCCACGUAUAGCGUUCUGUGGUGCCAUAAACGAAGAAACACGCAGGGGGUUUGGCCGUUACGUCAAGGGCCCUCGAAGACGCGCACAGAUCGGACCCCAAGAAAUUCGACAACUUCGAGCGAUCCUUGGUAUCAUCUGCUGGCAGGUAAUCGUUACCAUUGCACUCUUCGAAGUAAACGGACCAAAAAAAAACAAAACAAGUAUAUUUGCCCGUGGAAUUAUCCGUUCGGACACACCUUGCUCCUCGUGAGCGGGGUUCGUGCAAGACAAAAUAUUUUACCAUUCGUUGAUCGAUCGCAUUUGGCGGUAGAUCUGCCCUCAACCGUUCGAUGAUCGCAUCGUACCAUAGGAAAUUUCUUUUACACUUUUCCUCGUUGAAACGAUAUUCAUCUUAUAUCGUAUUUAUCCUUACUCGAAUCGUACGAUACGAUUAUACCUUGUUCGAAGUGUGAAAGAAAUUUCAGAAGGUGUUUUUUAGAAAGAAAAAAAAAGACGGAUAUCUAGCACGAAGACAGGCAUCGUCGAGAGAACUUUUAGAGGCUGCAUCCCAAAGAUCUUUACAUAGUUGUAAGAACUAUUUAUACUCUGUAGUGCCAUAUAUGUAUUAUCGGUGAAUGCACUUCGUUUAUUUCUUUACGAAAUGAGGGACUCGUUUCGUAGGAGAUCGACAGCGCGAAGAAGGUCGUGUAUAUCUCGUCUUUUACACUCGAGCCAGCAUUUGAUACUAAAAAAAUGUUUCCUUAAUUUCUUUUUCUUUUUAAACUGUGUGUGUGUACGUAUCUUUACACGUAAUUGACCUUGGCAGAGUUUGAAUGCACUGGCAUAACGAUUCGCAGGACAUCUUUACUUGUAGAAAAUGGUAUUUUUUUUUUUUUUUUUUUUUCGAUAAGAAUUUUAGGUGUUUAAACGGGGGCGUGUAACAGUAUUUAAUGAAGAGUAACGAGUACUGUGAUAAUGCGUGUAAUACUAUCUUUUUUAUAAUACGGAGAGACCGUAGAUUUGAGACAUUGGCAAGAUCAUGAAAGAUUAACGAACGAUAUACAUUUCCCGGUCUUAUCUUCUUUUUUCUUUUACACACAUAUAUACGAUUGAUUUGGCCAGUUUCCAGAAGUUUUCAACAUUUUCAUCUUGCUUACGAUUAACACGGCGCAAAGAAUUCAACUUAACCGCGCGUUAAGUUCGAGGUAAUUACUUUGCACUAGACAAUAAUUAGGGGAUAGAAGGAAAGACUUCUUGUCUACGUGUGUUUAUAAAGGGAAGGGGAACGUAGUCCUGUUUUAUUAAUAACCUGAUAAGACUUUCUCGCAGAAAUAUACGGAGACUACGGUGCGUACAGUUUCGCUUAGUUUACGGGAGAGAAAAAAGAUCUUUUUCUUUUCCCUUGAAAGAAAAACGUCGAUGCUUGAAAGUUCGAUGUUUGGUG